UUGAAUAUCGUUCUACAGAGUUCAAAACUGAUUAAAACCCAAGUUUCAAAAGGCUAGCAAAAGUAGAUAAAAAAAAAGGAAAGAAACCCAGAUUUUGCAGAGAUGUUGAAGCAAGUUUCCUUCAUUUUCUUUCUGCUUUUAUCUUGUUAUAUGGGGGCUGAGUCCAAAGAGUUGAAGCAUCUUACCAAUGAGCUUCAGGUGAAUGUGGCGGCAGAUAGGGUAUGGGAGCUUUAUAGGCACCUUGGGAUUUCAAGGCUUACUGCUUAAAACCUCCAAAAUGUGAUCCAAAAUGUUCAAGUUUUGGAAGGUGAUGGUGGUAUUGGAACCAUGCUCAAACUCACUUUUGUUCCAGGGAAUUCAAGCUAUACUGAAAGAUUCAUUGUGAUUAAUGAUGAAAAGAAGGUGGCAAAGGGAUUGGAAGGAGGAUGUUUAGCAAUUGGUUGCUCGGUUCAAAUUGUUCGAUUUGAUAUCAUUGAGAAAACAAAUGGUUCAUGCAUUAUCAGAUCAGACAUUGCUUAUGCCGUGAAGAAAGAGUUUGAAGCUAAUGAUCCAAAGCCUAAUAACCAACUCUUAGCAGCAGCUGCACAAAUUGCUAAAAGAGUUCUUGAAAGUUGA